UAGGGAAACGUUUGAAGGUUUGGGCACGUGACUGUGAGCACGUGACCGGCCGGGCUGCUGGACAGACUGAAGCUAACGAUGCUAACGCUAGCUUCCUGCUGGCUGAGUGAAUGGAUUUUCUUUGUUUAUUCUCCGCUCUGGAGGGUUUUGUUGAUUCGGUUCCGGAUCGGUUUCAGACUGAGGUUUAUUAUGGAGUCAGAUUCUGACUUUGAAGGUUCCUCCUGGUACCAAGAUGGAAUCCCAGAACUUCAACCUGACAUGUGCCAUCUGCCUGGAGCGCUUCAAGAUCCCCGUCACCAUCCCCUGCGGCCACACCUUCUGCAUGAACUGCAUCACGGUGCACUGGGACACCAAGAGGCAGCGCGCCGCCGGCCUCCAGUGCCCCAUCUGCAACGAGGAGUUCCCCACCCAGCCCGCCCUGAAGCGCAACGUGUCGCUGUCGGUCCUGACGGAGGCCGCCAACAGCGCCACCUGCAGGGAGCCGGCGAGGGGCGGCGAGGGGGCCAGGGCCAUGCAGCUGUGCGACCAGCAUAAGAAGCCUCUGGUCUACUACUGCAGGAAGGACAAGAUGUCCGUGUGCUGCGAAUGCGGCAUCCUGCAGUGUUUGGAGCACGAGAAGGUGCUGCUGGACGCAGAGCGGGAACACCAGGAGCUGCUGCUGGAGAGGAAGAGGACCGAGGUGGGGGUCCUGCUGGAGGAGACGCAGAAGAGUGUGACGGAGCUGGCCGACAACAUCAGUCAGGCCCAGGUGACCCUGCAGCAGACGUCCGCCUGGGUCAACCUGAAGUUCUCCUCGCUGAUCAAGAUCCUGGCGGAGAAGCAGGAGGACACGCGGCGCUUCAUCGAGGAGCAGAAGGAGGCGGCGGUCAGUGAGGCCCACGGACGCCUGUCCCAGCUGGAGGAGCAGCGGCAGAAGCUGCGCGAGUGCCAGAGCCAGAUCACGGACGUGCACAACCUGUCCGACACGGAGCUCAUCAGGGAGUCCACUCUGGUAGAAGUUCCUCAUUUCAAGGAGAUCCCCACCAGCAUCUCCCCGAACCUUCAGGAGCGUCUGAACGGCGUCACAGAGGUUCUGUCCCGCGUCUCCAAGCUGGUUUCUGAGGACCUGGACCGGGCCGUGAGCCUGAUGGUGGGCCAGGACAGAGACGGUUCUCCUCACGAUAAGAGGCCCGUUCUGGCUGUGGUUCCGAGUCCUGCGGCGCCGUGUCAGCCCGGAGGGAGGGAAGGCCUGAGCGCCUAUCGAUGCUCCCUGACCUUUGACCCCCGCACAGCCAACGGGAAUCUGGUUCUGUCCCAGGAGAACCGGCGGGCGGAGCACCUGGCGUCCGGGCCGCGGCCGGUCCCGGCGAACGACGCCCGCUUCGAUCACACCUGGCAGGUGCUCUGCUUCGAGGGCUUCACCCACGGACAGCACUACUGGGAGCUGGAGGUGUCCAAACCCUGGGCCUACCUCGGGGUGACCUACGACUCCAUCCCCCGGAAGGAGAAGGGCAAGCGCUGCAUGGUGGGCAUGAACGAGCUGUCCUGGAGCCUGCAGCUGGACGAGAAGCAGCUGUGCGCGUGGCACAACGGCCAGCAGGAAGUGCUGAGCGCGCCGGCCCACCACCGCCGCAUCGGCAUGCUGCUGGACUACGAGGCCGGGACGCUCACCUACUACGGGGACGGGCAGAGCCGGCUCCACGCCUUCCACUGCGCCUUCAGCCACAAGCUGUUCCCCGCCUGCUGGAUCGGGGAGGGGGUCAGCAUCACCAUCUGCUCCACGUGACCCCGCGGGGGAAGACGCUCCGCCACAGGAACGCCGGAGGGCUGGACUUCAGUUUGGAGACAAACCGGAUUCUGUUUCUGCUGCUCCUCAUCAUCACCGUUGAUCAGGUUUUGAAGACAGAUCCAGUCAGGAGAUCUGAGAUUGUUCACAGAUCUGGUUUCUAAAAUCCUGAGGAAUAAAUCAGAACCGAAUUCUUCUAGAAACUGGACCUGUUUCUGUAAACGGAUGGAGAUCAGUGAGACCAGCAGGGAGUUCUACCAAGAUCUUUAUGAUCCUGGUCUGAUCCUGGCACUGAUCUGAUCCUAAUCUUAUCUUAGUCCUGGUCUGAUCCUGGUUCUGAUAAUGACCUGGUACUGAUCUGAUCCUGAUCUAGUCCUUAUCUGGUCCUGAUCUAGUCCUAUACUAGUUCUUAUCUGAUCCUGAUCUGAUCCUAAUCUAGUCCUGAUCUGAUCUAGUCCUAUACCAGCCCUUAUCUGAUCCUAAUCUAGUCCUUAUCUGAUCCUGAUCUGAUCCUGAUCUAUUCCCUUAUCUGAUCCUGAUCUGAUCCUGAUCUAGUCCUGAUCUGAUCUAGUCCUAUACUAGUUCCUAUCUGAUCCUGAUCUGAUCCUAAUCUAGUCCUUAUCUGAUCCUGAUCUGAUCCUAUACUAGUCCUUAUCUGAUCCUGAUCUGAUCCUGAUCUAGUCCUAUACUACUCCUUAUCUGAUCCUGGUCUGAUCCAGAUCUGGUUUCCUCUGAUGCUCCUCCUGGUUCUGCAGGUGUCAACGUUCACCUGAACUCUGGUUUGGACCAAUCAGGAGACUCUGCUCCUCUGUCCUCCUGCAGGAGAACACAGACGGAGGAGAACUAAAGAGAAUCUGAACAAGUUUCUCUGGUUGGUCCUCGUAUUACAUCUUCCUGGUGGUUCCGGUUGUUCCAUGAUCCAGCCACGUCUCCGUUGGUUCUGACAGGAACACGGGUUCUUGUGGAACUCCUGCAGGACUCUGGAGUUUGGAUCCCGUUUCCGGUUCAGAUUGGAGCUGGAGUUUUUCCUGCAGGAUCUCAGACUGUUCAGGAAACGGCGUUCCUGGACCCCACCCCCCAUCUACACAUCAGAACACGAGACCAGAAUAAAGUGGGUUCUGUUUA